UUUUGCGCGUCCCUCUUGCGCCGCCGCCGCCGCCUCCACGGCCCUUCGAAUUGCUCCGCGUCCAAGCAACGCGCGGAGCCCUUCGCCUUCUCUCUCUGUGUGGUGCGAGGAGGACUUGUUGAAGCGGCAGGUCACACGGGCCGCCUGCGUUUUGGCUCCUCCCGCCGCUGCUGCGCCGCUACCUGUAAAGCGCGUCGCUCUCUCGCUCGCCUCCAUCUGUUCGAGGCAGCCUCCGAGAAGCGCGCAGGGCCGUUUGGGAGGAGGCGAGGGGGAGCCUGGAGAGAGCCCCGAGACCAGGCAGCAGCUUGGCCCGGCAGGAGCCGUCCGUGCUCGGCCUCCAGCCGUGAGGGGAGCCCCUUCUUCUUCUUCUUGGGGAGCCGAAGCCGCCGCCGCCGCCUCCUCAGCGGCCGAAUCACAAGGCGCCGCUUUCCUCCCGCGCGCCCGGCGAGUCUCCUACGCCAGCUGCCCGGGAAGCUGAGGCGCGCAGCAACGGCGGGCUGGGCGCGUUGCUAACGGGCGGCGAGGAGGGAGGAGGCGGCCGUGUAGCAGCAGCAGCAGCAGCAGCAGCCGAGGAUGGCAAGCGAGGCGGCGGCCGCCGCAGCGACGACGACGCAAGCCCGGCUGGGCGAGUGGAGGAGGCUGAAUUAGGAGAGAGGAAGGGGCUGGACUUGCCGGAGGGAGACGCCGAACGAGCAGGGCUGCGUGGGCUCACUCUCCGGUCGGUGGAGAGAGAGAGAGGGCGCGACUGACGAGGGCUCGCUCUCCGCCUUGGCGCUCAAAUCGUGAGGCGACCAAGGGACGAAUCCCGGAUCUCGGCCGGGACCUGCGCGCGUCUGCCCGCCUUCUCCCCUUCGUGGCGGGCGUUGUGAGGUGCCGGCGCGAGGGGUGGCUGCUGGCUUGAUUUCGGGGAGGGGGGUGGGGGAAGGGGGAGCCGCUGAUUUGGCCACCGGGAGGAGGCGGCGGCGGCGGCGCCUUUAUUUCCCGCUCGGUUCCCUUGCGCCGGAAUCUUGGAAGGCGGCGGCGAGGGCGCCAGAGCGAGAGGUGCCGAGCGGCGGCCGCCUGCCUGGACGUGCGCUGAGGCUCGGCUUGCGCGCCUCCCCGCCGAAGAGCAGCGCUAUGGCUGGGGAUGGGCUUGGCCGAGGGCGCUGGCGGCGGCAGCAGCAGCAGCGGGAGCUCCCCGGGGCCCCGGCGGCGCGCCCUGCCCGCUGUUAGCCAUGGCAAAUGGCAGCGGCGGCGGCGGAGGAGGCGGCGGCGGCGGCGGCGGCUCCAGCGGCUCCAGUAGCUACUACUCGGGAGGAGGAGGCGGCGGCAGCGGCGGCAUUAAGAUGAACAGCCCCAUCAGCGCCAGCAGCAACCUGAACGCGGACUCCUCCUCGGCGCCCGCCAAGGCGAUCAACGCGGUCAUCAUCCCCAUGACCAUGGAGGUCCCCUGCGACAGCGGGCAGCGCAUGUGGUGGGCCUUCCUGGCCUCGUCCAUGGUCACCUUUUUCGGGGGACUCUUUAUUAUCCUGCUCUGGAGGACCCUCAAGUACCUGUGGACCGUCUGCUGCCACUGUGGGGGCAAGGAGAAGGAGGUCCAGAAGAUAACCAGCAAUGGGGAGACCCAGGCAGAUGGGGACUUGAAACCCACAGACGAGAAAGAAGAAGUUGUGGCAGCAGCAGAAGUGGGCUGGAUGACCUCUGUUAAAGACUGGGCAGGGGUGAUGAUUUCAGCCCAGACAUUAACUGGCAGAGUCCUUGUUGUCUUAGUCUUCGCUCUUAGUAUUGGUGCUCUUGUAAUAUACUUCAUAGAUUCGUCAAACCCAAUAGAAUCUUGCCAGAAUUUCUACAAAGAUUUCACGUUACAGAUAGACAUGGCUUUCAACGUGUUCUUCCUGCUCUACUUCGGCUUGCGGUUCAUAGCAGCCAACGACAAGCUAUGGUUCUGGCUGGAAGUAAACUCGGUGGUAGAUUUCUUCACAGUCCCUCCAGUGUUCGUUUCAGUGUAUUUAAACAGAAGUUGGCUGGGUUUAAGAUUUUUACGAGCUCUUAGGCUGAUACAGUUCUCAGAAAUUUUGCAGUUUCUGAAUAUCCUUAAAACAAGUAAUUCCAUCAAGUUGGUGAAUCUGUGCUCAAUAUUUAUUAGCACGUGGCUGACAGCAGCUGGAUUUAUACAUUUGGUGGAGAACUCAGGGGAUCCAUGGGAAAACUUCCAAAAUAACCAAGCGCUUACAUAUUGGGAAUGUGUUUAUUUACUAAUGGUUACUAUGUCCACUGUUGGUUAUGGAGAUGUUUAUGCAAAAACAACCCUUGGUCGCCUUUUCAUGGUCUUCUUCAUCCUCGGGGGACUGGCCAUGUUUGCCAGCUACGUCCCUGAAAUCAUAGAGUUAAUAGGAAACCGCAAGAAAUAUGGUGGUUCCUAUAGUGCGGUUAGUGGAAGAAAGCACAUAGUUGUCUGUGGCCACAUAACUUUGGAAAGCGUGUCCAACUUCCUGAAGGACUUCCUGCACAAGGACAGGGAUGAUGUGAACGUAGAAAUUGUCUUUCUGCAUAAUAUCUCCCCUAACCUUGAGUUGGAAGCUCUUUUUAAACGACACUUCACUCAGGUGGAAUUUUUUCAGGGUUCAGUUCUCAAUCCGCAUGACCUGGCUAGAGUAAAGAUAGAGUCAGCAGACGCGUGCCUAAUCCUUGCCAACAAAUACUGCGCUGACCCAGAUGCUGAAGAUGCCUCCAAUAUUAUGAGAGUAAUUUCCAUCAAGAAUUAUCAUCCGAAAAUAAGAAUAAUCACCCAGAUGCUGCAGUAUCACAACAAGGCCCAUCUGCUAAAUAUCCCAAGCUGGAAUUGGAAAGAAGGGGAUGAUGCAAUAUGCCUUGCAGAACUCAAGCUGGGCUUCAUCGCCCAGAGCUGCCUGGCACCAGGCCUAUCGACAAUGCUGGCAAACCUCUUCUCCAUGAGGUCAUUUAUAAAGAUUGAGGAGGAUACGUGGCAGAAAUACUACUUGGAAGGAGUUUCUAAUGAAAUGUAUACAGAGUAUCUUUCUAGUGCCUUUGUCGGUUUGUCAUUCCCUGCUGUUUGUGAGCUGGUGUUUGCGAAGCUAAAGCUCUUAAUGAUAGCCAUAGAGUACAAGUCGGAACAACGGGAAAGCAGAAGCCGAAAGCGUAUAUUAAUCAAUCCUGGAAACCAUGUGAAGAUUCAAGAGGGUACUUUAGGAUUCUUCAUUGCAAGCGAUGCCAAAGAAGUAAAAAGGGCAUUUUUUUACUGCAAGGCCUGUCAUGAUGACAUCACAGAUCCCAAAAGGAUAAAAAAAUGCGGCUGCAAACGACUGAUCUAUUCCAAGAUGUCCAUCUACAAGAGAAUCAAACUGGCAUGUUGUUUUGAUUGCGGACGCUCUGAGCGUGACUGCUCUUGCAUGUCAGGCAGUGUGCAUAGUAACAUGGACACCCUUGAGAGAGCCUUCCCACUUUCUUCUGUCUCUGUUAAUGAUUGCUCCACCAGUUUACGUGCCUUUGAAGAUGAGCAGCAGCUGACGACACUCUCGCCCAAAAAGAAGCAGCGAAACGGAGGCAUGAGAAAUUCGCCCAACUCCUCACCCAAGCUGAUGAGACACGACCCCUUAUUAAUACCUGGCAAUGAACAAGUUGACAACAUGGAUUGCAAUGUGAAAAAAUACGACUCCACGGGAAUGUUUCAUUGGUGUCCAGCCAAGGAGAUUGACAAGGUUAUUUUGACUCGAAGCGAAGCAGCCAUGACAGUGUUAAGUGGCCAUGUGGUGGUUUGCAUAUUUGGUGAUAUGACAUCAGCGCUGAUUGGACUAAGGAAUUUUGUGAUGCCGUUAAGAGCCAGCAAUUUCCACUACCAUGAGCUUAAGCACAUUGUGUUUGUGGGCUCCCUUGAAUACUUGAAGAGGGAAUGGGAAACAAUGCAUAACUUCCCCAAACUCUCAAUCUUGCCUGGUACACCAUUAAGUCGAGCUGAUUUAAGGGCUGUCAACAUCAACCUCUGCGACAUGUGCGUAAUCCUGUCAGCCAAUCAGAAUAAUAUUGAUGAUACUUCGCUGCAGGACAAGGAAUGCAUCUUGGCGUCACUCAACAUCAAGUCUAUGCAGUUUGAUGACAGCAUUGGGGUCUUGCAGGCUAAUUCCCAAGGGUUUUCACCACCAGGAAUGGACAGAUCAUCACCAGACAACAGCCCGGUGCAUGGCCUUCUACGUCAGCACUCAAUCACAACAGGAAUUGAUAUCCCUAUUAUAACAGAAUUAGUGAAUGAUUCAAAUGUUCAGUUUCUGGACCAAGAUGAUGACGACGACCCUGAUACAGAAUUGUAUCUCACGCAACCGUUUGCGUGUGGAACUGCAUUCGCAGUCAGCGUGCUGGAUUCUCUCAUGAGCGCAACAUACUUCAAUGACAAUAUUCUCACGCUGAUACGUACGCUGGUAACAGGAGGAGCCACGCCAGAGCUGGAGUCGCUGAUUGCGGAGGAGAACGCGCUGAGAGGCGGCUACAGUACACCCCAGACGCUUGCAAACAGGGACAGGUGUCGGGUGGCGCAGCUGGCAUUGCUCGAUGGGCCUUUUGCAGACCUCGGGGACGGUGGUUGUUAUGGAGAUUUGUUUUGUAAAGCUUUGAAAACAUACAAUAUGCUUUGCUUUGGAAUAUACCGAUUGAGAGAUUUCAACCAAAGCACGCCCCAAUGCACUAAGCGUUUUGUUAUAGCCAACCCACCUUAUGAGUUUGAGCUUGUGCCGACAGACUGGAUCUUCUGUUUGAUGCAGUACGACCACAAUGCUGGCCAGUCCCGGGCUAGUCUCUCCCAUUCUUCCCAUUCCUCCUAUACGUCUAGCAAGAAAAGCUCAUCGGUUCAUUCUAUCCCAGCAACCGCAAACCGACAGAAUCGAACUAAGACCAGGGACUCCCGGGAAAAGCAGAAUGCGACAAGGAUGAAUAGAAUGGGCCAAGCAGAAAAGAAAUGGUUUACAGAUGAGCCGGAUAAUGCCUAUCCCAGAAACAUUCAAAUCAAGCCCAUGAGUACACACAUGGCCAAUCAGAUCAAUCAGUAUAAGUCUACAAGCAGCUUGAUACCACCAAUCAGAGAAGUUGAAGAUGAAUGUUGACUCACAGAAGGCCAGAACUAUUUUUUUUUAAAACAACAACUUGACAGACUUCAUGAAUGGUGAUGUGACAUUUGUUCCUCUUUCAUGCCGAACCACGGGUGGGAAAAGUUAAAGAAAGGCAAGUGUUUGCCAGAAAGCAAAGUAGACAGAUCUUUGUUUGUCUGCCUUUAAUAUUUGCUUCCAUGUAUUUUGGAAACUAUUUCAUUUAUAAAACAACAUAAUCAAAGCAGUCAUGUAUAGCCUCUAGCGUUCUAAAUUAUUUUUAUUUAUUAGAAAGAAAAUAUAUUUUUUUCUUUAUUUCACUGUCAAGUAUUUUCCCUUAACAAAACAGCUACAAAUGUGGCCAGACUCCAGCAAAAUAUAUAUAUUAUAUUCCUGCUCCUUUUCAUGUCUUUCAGGAGAAUGAUGGUCACAAAACAAAGAAAAAAAAUGUAAUUAGAGAGAAAAAAAUAUGUAUUUUAAAAAGGUCCAACUUGUAUUUUAGUAAUUCAAAGAAGAAGUAACAAAGAAGAGCAUACUAGAAUGUUUCUUUCCUGGAAGAUGUGUAUUUUGUUUAGCAUUGACACCAGCUCUUAAUAAACUGAAGCAUAUUUAUUUUGGAAAAAAAGUGGAAACGUCAUAUUUUUGUAAAAUUAACUUCAUUCUGAAAUUAUCCAUUAGAUUACUACCAUAUGGCGCAGUCCUGUGCACACUCACCUGGAAGUGAUCCCCGCUGAACACAAUGGGUCUUACUUCCGAGUAAAUAUGCAUGGGAUUGCUCCAAUAGUUACUACAGGUGUUCAUACAGAGCAUCUUCCUCACAGGUAAAUAGAAAGUCCAAUAUCACAUAAAUGGCUAAUAGUGGCAAUAAAGUAGCGGACGUUAGCAUAUCAUAAAACAAAAAUGCAGCAAAUAAAUGAGAGUCUAAUGGGGACUACCCAGAAAGCUGUAGAAGAAAUGCUGCUUCCCUUCAUUGCUUCAUGUUGACUAUGAUUAGCACAUCUCGGUGCAAAGGGGUCAAGCAUGGAAAUUUCAAGUUUAUCACCAAGAUUCAGAGGCCUUUAAUCCCAACCUAUUUUGUUUUGAUUUUUAAGGGGAGGGAGACAAGGAAUCAGAUCGUAAUAUAUGCCAGGAACUGUGUUUAGCAAAAGAUAAGGUGGAGUUCCGGUCUUGCAGCCCGAAAGGUGACAAAACUAAUUUCCAUACCACAACUUGCCAAUGGCCUCUCGUGCUUGCAAAAGCCGAAUCCAGCCUCCCAAUCGCAAUACAUCCAGAUAUUAGGUGAGCUCUAAUUGUGAUGUAAACAUUGUAGUUCAGGCACUGCUCAUGCUAUGCUGCAGCCACCUAAUUUCUGUCUUCCUUUGUUAGGUGAUAGAAAUAAAACUUUUAAUUUCCAAGCUUUUGGGACUCUGCCCCUAAAGGUAACAACAAAACAAGCAUAACUGUAGUAACAAAGAAUAAUGAAUGUAUUCAAUAGAAUAUUUUAAAAAAGGCCUGUAGGAAAGGUCGCCAGGAGCUUUUUCUACAAAACGGCCAACAAGCUUUCUAGCCGUCAGGCAAAAUGGUGAUGUUUCAUAUCUGCGCUGCAAUAUAUGGUCACUCCAGCAUUUGAGGCUCUAAAUAAUUUAGCAACUCUCUCCGGUUUAAAUUACGAACUGCUGAUCUAGGCUGAGCUGGGGCAGAUGAUCUCCUGAAGUGAAGGGGGACACAAUCAGGCAAGAGGCAAGAGAUUGGCAUCAGGUUCCACUACACAAGCUGAUUUUAGGCUUUGUAAUUGUGCAAAGUUGUAAAAAAAAACCAACGCUGAGAUUAAACAUUCUGUGAUAUUGUUAUCAUUAGAGUAAUAUCAGUGAAUCAAACGAGUACUGAGCAGAUAAAGGUGUCCACUAUAUAACCCACUAUUUUAAGCUAAAAACUAUCUCAGCUUUAAUGUUUGUCUACUGGCUGCAGUACAAAUAUAUUCAUACUCACACCUAAUAGACUUAAUUCCGGAGUGACUUCUUGGACUGUGACUACUUUGUCAUUAUGUUUUGUAGAAUUAGCUUUUCAAAAGAGAGAGGAAAUUAAGAACUGUGAAUAUAAUGUAUGGGGAAUUAGAUUGCUUAUCAAAAGUACUUAUUAUCACCACUUUCCUCACAAAGAGCAAACGAACAGCAGUUUGUUUUAUACCCAUAUCACAAUACCCAAAACCAAGGUGGGUUUUAGCUUUGAGAAGUAUAAGUCUACAGGCAGGCUGCAAUUUGUAUUCUGGAUUUUGCUUUAGGUCAUUUAAAUCCCCCCCCCCCAAGGGCACAAGCCACCCAGACCGUUUGCAAAGGCCAAACUGCAGCCUGUGUAGGUUGUGCAAACGCAUGUGGGUUGUGCCUGAGUCUGUACUCCUUUUUCAUUCAUGAACUGCAAGACACAAAAAAGCGGAAUAUGCCUCAAUGCCAAGAGAAUUCACUCAAUUUGGGUCCAAGUGGUUGUUUGCUUUGAGAGCAAAGAACAGGAAUUAAAUCAGUUUAAAUUACCUGUAAAGAAAAAAAGCUCACCAUUCUAUUUCUUUGGCCACGUUACAUAAAGCAGAAAGUUUUAUAACAAUGAAGUUGAGAUAAUAGAGAGUGGCACUCAUAGCUCAGCUGUGCAAUGCAUCUUUAUUAAGAAUUGGGCAGGUCCAGGUGUAGACUGUAAAUAAAUACAACACACGGAUAAGCCCAUGCAAAAAUGAUCACAGAUUGGAAUUAUAGUGGAAGCUUUCUUACGAUUUCCUUCUUGUGACUGCUAAUAGCUUUGAAUGACUGGAUAUGGAUAGGCAAGGACUUGUGUAUGCACUCCAAUUCAGUCAGUGGGUUGAUAAAAAGUACAAAAUGUGGCCUUAGGUAUAGAUAGAAUUUCUUGAGAAUCUCAGCUCACUUUCUAGUAUGUAUGUAUUAUUUUAAUCAAGUUUCUAGCCCUUGUUGCUAUGAAGGUAUAUUGGAAGUCUCUGAGUAUAGGUAAGUCUGUUUAAAUCUCACUCAAAAGAGAGGAUGGCUAAAACAGAUUUUCAGAAAUCAGCAUGGGGAAGGGGACUUUACUGGCCUUUAAGCACAGUUCCUUGCUCUUCUCCAGAUCUUGCAAAAUUAGAAUGCAUGACUCAAUAUAACAAACACUGCAAAAUAACAUAUGCAGAAUGAGGGAAACUGUGGGAAAAGUACUGUACUUGGUUUGCACAAUUUGUAAGAAGUUCAGGUUUUUGGUGCAGAAUAUGGACUGUCUUGAGUGAGUACAAAACUUUAAUACAUUUCAUAUAGUGGACACACAGACAGCCCUGGGGAAGAGGCAAUUCAGUCUUCAUUGGUAACAGUUUCCAUGAUAGCAGUAGCAUUCCCAGUUGGCCUGGAUCACACACUACAUUGUUCCACAUUAAUAUGCAGCCUCAGAGAAUAGGAACUUUUCAUAUGAGGGCAGUUUCAUGUGCGAACCAAUCAGUUCCACAAGUGAUAUUUUACACCUAUAUUCCACCUUCCUUCCACAACAGAAUUGAAGGCAGGGUACAAGCUGUUUCCAGGCAGUCACUCAGAGAGGCAUUGCCAAGAGCCCAACCUGCUUAGCUUCAGCAAAACUGCAUCAUCAAGUGCCUUCAGACUAUGCCCCAGGAUAGUAUUCCCCCACCCCAACACACACAUCAAAUACACCAGGCAAUGAUGACUUCUGUGUGACUGCAACCAGUUAUACAUGCAACACCUAGCCAAUCCAGGGCUAAGCCUUUUUGGGGGGGUCAUCAUUAUGUCUGAACUCAAGCUCAUGGCGUGCUUCACUCCCGACAAACCAUGAGCUGUAAUCAAGGUUUAUUCUUAGCAUUACACGCAAACUGGGCCUACAAAUCUAGAUACAGUGGAGGCUGGUCCCUCAGCCAUCCCGCAUCUGCCUGGCUUUCUUGUUCACAGCUGGUCCAAGAGGCAGCACUUGCCGUCAUCCUCAUCCUCCUUAGUCUCAGUGUUGCUUUUGUAGAACUCACCAGGGAGGAAGAUGGAAAUGGCAUUUGUUGGCUCUGCCUGCCAUUGGCUCUGCUGCCACCUAUUGCUGCCUUCCACCCCCACCAGCCCCUGUCUAGGCAACAGAGAAAUUAAACAAAGUCAGAUAAGUGGUGUCUGGCUGAAGAGAUGCCCACAAAUUUAUAUUCAACAGAAGGUGGUUUUUCUGCAGCUACCUUGUGGUGGCUCUCAUACACGCAGAGUCUACAAGCAUUGGCAAGGCAGGACCACAAACACAUGGCUAUCCUGCAAACAUGAUCCCAGUUUCUUAUCCCCCUGUGCCGUCAGUCACACACUGUGAAUAUUUGCACACGCUAGCUCAUGGGCUGCUUAGUGAUAAUAAUUAGAGAGGAAUAAAGCCAAGUCUAAAGAUGUUUUUUCUGUGCUUUGAAUUGAGGAUGAAAUGAAAAGCUAAAUUUUGGAACUGAAAAAUAUUGGGAAAGGGUUUGCACAUAGGUGAAUUGCCUCUAGACAGUCAAUCCUCCAGUUCUGGUGGUAGAAAAUGACAAUUAAUGAAGGUAGAGCUGCAAGUCUCCCCCAAUCCCAUUGAAUUAUGCAUCUGUAAUUUCAGAAGUUGUCUGGAUUAGCAGCCACAUAGCAAAAUUCAAGAGACAACCUCUUAAUGGUCUUGCACCAUAAGGUGUGAUGACUCCAAGAGCCACACAUGAUUCUAUAUAAUUCAACAUUAUACCAAUGCAUAUAAGACAAGUCUGUCAGUGGCUGAUAACCCAUGAUAGCUAAAACAUAGAAGAUCUAUAUUCAGAUACAGCAUACUUCUAAUUAGUAGAUGCCAGAGAUGAAACAACAAUGUCAGAUGGUUAUCUUCACUGUGCCCUGCUUGUUUUUGUAUUGUGUAUAUCGUAGGGGUUUGGUCACUGCUGGAGACAGAAGGCUGGAUUAAAUGGACUACAAAGAGAUUCUUACAUUCUUAAGUGCAUACUGUGCAAUUAGCUGCUUCUUUCACUUUAAUUGUUGCACUGUGAUGAGUUGAAUUGAAUUGAAUUUAAGAGUCUUUUCUUCAUUUGUUUCAGUUCCCUCUAAGCACUACUUAGUAAGAAUCACUGGGGAAGAAACUGCUAUGUGAUCUCUCUCCAUCCAGGGUAUAUCAAAGAGUUAGCCAUUCUAGAUCUAGAGAAAGAGGCCACAGUAACAGGGAGCCAAGUCGCCAGUUGCCUUGAGGAACUAGUAGGAGCAACACAAGUAAGGGGGGGGGGGUUAUGUCGUUUCCCCUCAGCCCCUGCCAAUGCAGACUUUUUCUUUGUACAUUUUUCUUACUUUCUUGAGACUCAGCUAAGGAUAAAGAGUUAAGCAAGCAGAAGCAGGCGAGAAUGCAAGGAUGAAAGGUAUUUCCUCCAGCACACUAUUUAGCAGUGAUGCAGAAGGCAACCACAGAAAGCUUUCACUAUAUUUUUAAAGGAAAUUCAGCAAACAGUAUUAGCGUCUAACUAUUAAUCUGGUGUGGUGGAUGCCACUGAGAGGCAAGCAAAAUGGGUAAACUUGAGGGCUUUGUUUGCAGACACACGUGCUUAAGGUACUUUGCAAUAAUAAGCUGCAGAACUCGCCACAUAACAACAGCAAUAACUUACAAGUGGGUUAAUGAUCCAUGCUUUCAAAAUUGAGCAUUCAUGACACUGUCCACAGCCAGGUCGGCCACCUCCUCCUUUUAAAUACCUUAUAGGGUCUUCAAAGAUUUAAGUACACCACACACAAGUAGCAGCAGUUUAAGGGCUCCAUUUGCAGCAUGCACCUGCCAGGGUCACCAGUUGUCCUACACUUUAAAGCAUCGCCCCCUUUUGCAGAACCGUACCAUUCCAUCUACAUGGGGAAGACAGACCAAUCGCACCCGUGACCAACGUGGCCAGAUGUGCGUGAUGCAGCUGUGCAAGGGGCAGUCUGCUUCC